AUGUCUGAUUUCUUGUCGCACAUUCAAUACUUGACUGGUUCCCCGGACGAAUCGUCUGACCGAGAUGGACGCGUUGUAGAAGAAUGGACUAGGAAACACAUCGUGGCAGAAGACACACAAGCAGCGUCAUUGCCCGAGGACGUUGAGGAGUGGGACUCGGUGCUGAGCAUCUACUCAACACAAUCUAUGUCUGAAGCUGCGAAUCGUCCUCCAGUAUUAUCCAAAAUUCUUGCGUGCGAACCGAACCUGCGAGACGUUCUUCCGGCGCUGUCGCCUAUUCUAAACUCGAAAGCCUCGGAUGAUUUGAUUUCUGAGCAACUCGCAGAAAUCAUAGGCUUCGACGACAUUGAGCUGGUAGAUGACUAUCUGCAUGGUAUUCAGAACGGCCAUGCGUCUCAUGCACUGAUGGGCAAGCAACUUGGUGACCAAAUGUAUGAUACUUCAAGUCUUGACCCUGAAGCAGCCCGGAGGCGUAUGGAAGAGACGUUGCGUUCGAAUGCCGCUCGUCCGCUAUACACUGGAACAGCACACGAUGCCCCGGAAGUGCUACCACAUGUGUACACGUCUGCGUCUACGGUCCAGGGAAACAUUCUAUCACACCUGGGCACACGGUUUAUGCUACCGCUUGGUACAACACGAGAGAUGAACGAGGACUACGAGGAAGUGACCAUCCCGCCUGCAAGAGCCGUUGCCCCUCGCGCGACUGAACGCCUCAUUACUGUCUCAGAGCUCGACUCACUCGCAAGAGGUUCUUUCCCAGGCUACACUUCGCUGAACAGGAUACAGUCCAUUGUGUAUCCCACCGCGUACCAGUCGAACGAGAACAUGCUCGUGUGUGCUCCCACUGGUGCCGGUAAAACGGACGUCGCCAUGUCUGCCAACACGAACAACUCCAUCGCAGCCUCGAUUCAAAAGGACAAGUUCAAGGUAAUCUACGUUGCGCCAAUGAAGGCACUCGCUUCUGAGAUCGUCAGAAAACUGGGAAAACGACUCAAGUGGUUGCAGGUUCUUGUACGGGAACUCACAGCUCACAAGGCCGAGAUUGCGGAGACGCAGAUCAUUGUGACCACCCCAGAAAAGUGGGACGUAGUGACGCGCAAACCAACCGGAGAGGGUGAGCUUGCAUCGCAAGUGAAACUACUCAUCAUUGAUGAAGUCCACCUACUCAACGAUGAGCGUGGGGCAGUCAUCGAAACGAUUGUCGCUCGUACAUUGCGACAGGCAAGCAGGGUUGAAUCAACGCAGUCGGUUAUUCGUAUUGUUGGUCUGAGCGCCACUCUGCCCAACUACGUAGAUGUGGGGGAUUUUCUCAGAGUGAACCGUCACACCGGCUUGUUCUACUUCGACUCGUCCUUUAGGCCUGUGCCGCUCGAACAGCAUUUCAUCGGCGUCAAGGGAAAGCCCGGAAGCCAGCAGUCACGCAAGAACCUAGAUCAUGUGUCGUUCGAAAAAGUAUCGGAGCUGGUUCAGGAGGGUCACCAAGUGAUGGUAUUCGUUCAUGCAAGGAAGGAGACGGUAAAAACUGCACUUGCCCUCAAGGAAGCCGCCAUGGCGGAUGGAAUACUGGACGAGUUCAGUUGCGAGGACCACCCUCAAUUCGAGUUCUUCCGUCGGGAUAUUGGUAUGUCGAGGAACAAGGAAAUGAAACAGCUUUUCGACAAUGGCUUCGGCAUUCAUCAUGCCGGUAUGCUGCGUUCGGAUCGAAACAUGAUGGAAAGGAUGUUCGAAGCUCGGGCUAUAAAGGUUCUAUGCUGCACUGCAACACUUGCUUGGGGUGUCAAUCUUCCCGCUCAUGCAGUCAUCAUCAAGGGCACUCAGGUUUAUGACUCUGCCAAGGGAUCCUUCACGGACCUGUCUGUUCUGGAUGUGCUGCAAGUAUUCGGUCGAGCAGGUCGGCCAGGACUGGAGACUAGCGGUGUCGGGUACAUCUGUACGACGGAUGACAAACUGCAGCAUUACCUCGACUCGGUCACUUCUCAGAAUCCUAUAGAAUCCAAGUUCAUUGCAGGCAUUAUCGACGCACUGAAUGCCGAGAUUGCUCUGGGUACCGUUGCUAACGUUCCAGAUGCGGUGCAAUGGAUAGGAUAUACCUAUCUCUUCGUCAGGAUGCGCAAGAACCCAUUCCAAUAUGGUAUGACACGCGACCAGGUAGCAGAGGAUCCGUACCUCGGAGCUAAGCGUACUCAGCUUGUCAUCGAAGCCGCCACGAGGUUGGCAGAGGCACGGAUGAUCACAUUCGACAGGACGAGCCGUAACUUUACGAUCCUUGAUCUCGGUCGAAUUGCUGCGAAAUACUACAUCAGGCAUGCAUCGAUCGAGAUAUUCAACAAGGUAUUCAAGCCAAAAAUGACAGAAGCCGAUGUUCUGGUGAUGUUGUGCAUGAGCACAGAGUUCGAUCAAAUACAACUUCGAGAAAAUGAGGUGAAGGAGCUGGCACAACUCCUGGAAUCGGAGCUGGUUCCUUGUACUGUUAAGAGCGGUACGGAUACAAGUCAAGGAAAAGUCAAUAUUUUGCUACAGAGCUAUAUUUCCGACGUACGCCCGGAGGACUUCGCCUUGGUCUCCGAUCAGGCAUAUGCAGCACAGAACGGGGGGCGUAUAGUGCGCGCAUUGCUGGAGAUCGCCAUCAGCCGCAAGUGGGCGAACGUCAGCGGCGUCUUGAUGGGGUUGAGCAAGGCUAUUGAAAAGCGUCUCUGGCCCUUCGACCAGCCGUUGAAGCAAUUUCAACUGAAGCGGGACGUGCUGUAUAACCUGGAGCGAUGGGCCGACGAGUACUCCGUUGCGGAACUAGCUGCCAUGCCGGCAGUAGAAUUGGGCCAACUCGUCAAGCUAAACGAACACCACGGCAAUGCCAUCCGUGAUGCCGCGAAACAGUUCCCUACUGUGGGGAUCACAUACAAGCUACGUCCACUGGGUUCGAACGUGCUCAGGAUCUCGCCGUUUUGGCUGUGGAUCGAAGACGAUGAAGGAAUCAACAUCUUGCAGAUGUCGCAUCUAGUCUUCCGGCAGACCACGGAUGCGCUGGACGUCGACUUCGUCAUCUCAAUAUCAGAAGGCCAGCGGCCUCCAUUCGUGACGAUACGCUUCGUGUCCGACAAAUGGAUGGGUGCCGAAGAUGAGGUUGCAAUACCAUUCGACGAUCUUGUCAUGCCGUCAGCUUCUGAGUCACAUACUCCUCGCUUGGAUAUCCCAUUCCUUCCUGUUUCCGUUCUACACAAUCCAGUGGUCGAGAAGCACAUGUCUGGACGAAUACACAGCUUCAACGCUCUGCAAAGCCACGCGUUGUGGAGCCUCGUCAACACACCUCUCCAUGCUCUCUUCUGUGCACCUACGGGUUCCGGAAAGUCCACUUUGGCGCAAGCAAUGGCAUGGAACACAUUACAGACUGCCGCCGAAACUUCUUGGGUGCUUGUGAUAGCCCCGCGGCGUAGUGUGGCAACCGAGAUGAUCACACAGAUGCGUCCUGUGUCAAAGAUGCUCAACGUUUGGGUUGAGUUAAGCCAGGCAGAAGGGCUGUUUUCGACAUCGAGCAGGAAAACCAUCCGCGUUGCGACCGGCGUUGAGCUAUUGCGGGCCAUAUCCCACAAACGAGUCUCCGGUUCUGCUCUCACAGGGUUAAAGCUGGUAGUCUGCGAGAAUCUGGAACUCCUCGAUUCCGCCUACGAGCUCGGGGUCUCCCUCCUCAUACAUGCGGCGCAGAGUCAUCCAGUGCGAUUCGUCGGUCUUUCGAAUUCCUUGAACGACUCAGCAGACCUGGCUGCAUGGCUUGAUGUGGACCCUCUGGCCUUGCACAGUUUCCGGCCGAGCGACCGAGACCAGUCGUUGACUGUCCACACCCAGACUUUCACGACACCCCAAUCGGCUGCUCUGUUCAAGGCGAUGGCAAAACCGGCCCACAUGGCCAUCCAGAGAGCACCCGGCGGGUCCGCUAUCGUCUUCAUCCCAUCCCGCGCACAAUGCCGCCCGAUCGCUCUCGACCUCAUCACACAGUGCGCGUUGGAGCUGGAGACAGCCAGAGGAUACCUCCCCGAAGACGUCGCCGUCGAAGCGUUCGAACACUACAGACCGAGGCUCAAGGAUGGCGAGCUGAUGGACUACAUCUCCCGCGGAGUCGGCUUCUUCCACGAAGGCAUCGCGAAGGAAGACCGCAGCCUCAUGUUGGAGCUCUACGCCCAAGGUCUCGUUCGCGUCCUCAUUGUCCCCCGCGACGCAUGCUGGACCCUCCCCGUGCGCGCCGUGACCGUCGUCGUGAUGGGCACGCAGUACCUGCACGUCACUGACGAGGAACGCCAGCUGCGCGACUACGGCCUCGAGGAGCUCGUGCGCAUGCAGGGGCGCGCGGUCCGGCAUAACGGCGAGGGGUACUUCCACCUCUUCUGCCAGGUCGAGAGCAAGGACACCUUCAUGCGGUUCCUCAAUGACGGCCUGCCCCUCGAGUCGCAGCUUCUGCAGACGGACGUGCUGAGGUCGUGGUACAAGGACAGGCGGAAGGAUGGGAGCAUCGCGGACAAGCAGCAGGCGGUCGACGCGCUGUCUUUCACGUUCCUCGCGCGCCGACUGACGAGCAAUCCGGUGUAUUAUGAUUGCUCUUCCACGUCUGUCAACGAGCUGCUAUCACGCGUGGUAGACAGUCUGGAUGAAGACGUAGCUGGUGGAUAA